AUGGGGAACAGUGCACUAAAAGCCCACCUAGAAACCGCACAGAAGACUGGGGUAUUCCAGCUGACUGACAAGGGGUUAGUUGAGUUCCCUGAAGAUCUGCAGAGGCUGACUGCAAACCUGCGGACCAUCGACCUGUCUAGUAACAAGAUAGAAGGUUUACCUCCAUUCGUGGGAAAGUUUGCUGUUCUCAAGAGCUUGACCAUGAAUAGUAACAGACUGGGCAAGCUCCCAGAUGAACUGUGUCGACUGAAAAAACUGGAGACUUUGCAUUUAAGUGCUAACCAGAUCAACCGCCUACCAGCAGACUUUGGUCAGCUGUCUACCUUGAAGACCCUCAACCUCUCUGGCAACCAACUUCGUGCUAUGCCAGCCCAGCUCUGCAGUCUGCGGCAUCUGGACGUGGUGGACCUGUCCAAAAAUAAAAUCCAAUCAAUUCCUGAUGAGGUGUCUGGAGUGCAGGCCAUAGAGAUAAACUUGAACCAAAACCAGAUCUCUCAGAUCUCAACUCAAGUUUCUCGGUGUCCACGUCUCAAGGUUUUGCGUCUAGAAGAGAACUGUUUGGAGCUCAGUAUGUUACCCCACAGCAUCCUCAGUGAUUCCCAGAUCUCCCUGCUGGCUGUGGAGGGAAACCUUUUUGAAAUAAAAAUGCUCAGAGAGCUGGAAGGCUACGAUAAGGUCAGUAAACCAUUGCAGGCCUGGAGGAAAUGUACAACAGCACAUACAAUUCAAACAGAUGCUAGUAUUCAAAAGUAA